UAGCCGACGGGAACAUGCAAUAUCCAUUAUGGUGAAUUGGGUCUAUAAAUAAAGGCUGGUCAAGUGUGGCAAAAACAAAGAACAAGGCAGAGAGAGAGAAAAAUGAAGUCUUUCCAUCUCACAGUGACAGCUUUGUGCUGUGUAGUGGUUGUGCUUGGAGUGCUUCCACUCUCCCUAGAUGCACAACUAGAUCCCUCCUUUUACAGAGACACUUGUCCCAGGGUUCACUCCAUUGUUCGUGAAGUCGUCAGGAACGUUUCAAAGAAAGAUCCCCGUAUGCUUGCUAGUCUCAUUAGACUUCACUUUCAUGACUGCUUUGUUCAAGGAUGUGAUGCAUCAGUUUUGUUGAACAACACUGCCACCAUAGAGAGCGAGCAACAAGCUCUGCCAAACAACAACUCACUAAGAGGUUUGGAUGUUGUGAACGACAUUAAGACAGCAGUGGAAAAGGCUUGUCCCGGCGUGGUUUCUUGUGCUGAUAUUCUUACCCUUGCAUCCGAAAUAUCUUCUGUUCUGGGUGGUGGUCCUGAUUGGAAAGUUCCAUUGGGAAGAAGAGAUAGUUUAACAGCAAACCGAAACCUUGCAAAUCAAAACCUUCCAGCUCCAUUCUUCAACCUAUCUCGACUUAAAUCUGCCUUUGCUGUUCAAGGUCUUGACACCACUGAUCUAGUUGCACUCUCAGGUGCUCAUACAUUCGGCAGAGCUCACUGCAAUUUCAUUCUUGACCGAUUGUACAAUUUCAGUGGAACUGGCAAACCUGAUCCAACUCUUGACACAACUUACUUACAACAAUUGCGCCAAAUAUGCCCCAAUGGUGGACCUAACAACCUUGUCAAUUUUGACCCUGUCACUCCUGAUAAAAUUGACAGGGUCUACUUCUCCAAUCUUCAGGUUAAGAAGGGCUUGCUUCAGAGUGAUCAAGAGCUGUUCUCGACACCUGGUGCCGAUACCAUCCCCAUUGUCAACAGGUUCAGCAGUGACCAGAAAGUUUUCUUUGACGCCUUUGAGGCUUCAAUGAUUAAGAUGGGUAACAUUGGUGUGCUCACUGGGAAGAAAGGAGAAAUCAGAAAACAUUGUAACUUUGUUAACAAGAAAUCUGUUGAAGUUGAUAUUGCUAGUGUGGCCUCAGAAGAAUCAUCAACAGAGGGUAUGGUUACCUCAAUCAACAAAUUACUGAUAGAAAAAAUGAAAGUAACAGUUGUGUGUUGUGUAUUGGUUGUGCUAGUUGGUGCACUACCAUUCUCUUCAGAUGCACAACUAGACCCCUCCUUUUAUAGGGACACAUGUCCCACAGUGCAUUCUAUUGUACGUGAAGUUGUUAGAAACGUUUCUAAAUCAGACCCCCGAAUGCUUGCUAGUCUCAUAAGGCUCCACUUUCAUGACUGCUUUGUUCAAGGCUGUGAUGCAUCAAUUUUGUUGAACAACACUGCCACAAUAGAAAGUGAGCAACAAGCUUUUCCAAACAACAACUCAAUAAGAGGUUUGGAUGUUGUGAACCAGAUCAAGACUGCGGUGGAAAAUGCUUGUCCUGGUGUUGUUUCUUGUGCUGAUAUUCUUGCCCUUGCUGCUGAGAUAUCUUCUGUUCUGGCUCAUGGUCCUGAUUGGAAAGUUCCAUUGGGUAGAAGGGACAGUUUAACAGCAAACAGAACACUUGCAAAUCAAAAUCUUCCAGCUCCAUUCUUCAAUCUUACUCAACUCAAAGAUGCCUUUGCUGUUCAAGGUCUCAACACUACUGAUCUAGUAGCACUCUCAGGUGCUCAUACAAUUGGCAAAGCUCAGUGCAGAUUUUUCGUCGACCGAUUAUACAAUUUCAGCAACACUGGCAACCCUGAUCCAACUCUUAACACAACCUACUUGCAAACACUUAGUGCAAUAUGCCCCAAUGGUGGACCUGGCACUAACCUCACCAAUUUUGACCCAACCACACCUGACACAUUGGACAAGAACUACUACUCCAAUCUUCAGGUUCACAAGGGCUUGCUUCAGAGUGAUCAAGAGCUGUUUUCCACAACCGGUGCCGAUACCAUAUCCAUUGUCAAUAGCUUCAGCAGUAACCAAACUCUUUUCUUUGAGAACUUCAAGGCUUCAAUGAUAAAAAUGGGUAACAUUGGAGUGCUAACGGGAUCUCAAGGAGAAAUCAGACAACAAUGUAAUUUUGUUAAUGGGAAUUCUGCUGGACUGGCCACUCUGGCCACCAAAGAAUCAUCAGAAUAUGGCAUGGUUAGCUCAAUCUAAAUAACUUAACAAAAACAAAAGUUAGUGUAUGCUUCAAAAUGCAGAGAUUAAAAGGUACCUAAUAAAGAGUUCAAUAGGCACGUACAUGGCUCGUGCCUGCGGUGGACCAUGAUAUAUAUGUCUGUACUUUUGUGCACUGCGUCACCUAUGCUAUCACUUUAUUUGUAAGAUCUGGUCAAUAUAUAUAUUAUGAGAAUUCUAAGUCA